AUGAGCAGCAAAGUCCCCGCAGGCACGUCCUCACCUCGCCCUCACGUGCAGGUGAAUAACUACGGGCGAAUUAACUCGCCCAGUGAUGACAUCCGUGUAGCCAUGGUGAAGAAUACGCGCAAGGCGGGAAGAUCUACCGCCGCCUCCCAUGCGAGCUGUGACGGGGACGAUGGCGACGAAGGACACGGCAGCAAAGACGGCGACGAAGAACACGGAGACGACAGCGACGAGGAUUGGCCGGAGAACGGCCACGACAAUAGCGCUUCGGGGGAUGAAGUAGCCCCUGCCGACAUCGGCGAGGACGAAUGGUGGAAUCGGCCGGUUGGGAGCGACGACGAAGUGGAAGAGUGGCGAGCUGGUGAUUUGGACAACGACGAGGGUGCCGAUGCUGAUGGCGAGCACGCAGAGGCAGCUGCGCAUGCAAUGGGAGCGACGGGCGAUGACGGUGCAGAGGCUGACGACGAGCGGCUGCGUUUGCCUCCGCACCCCGUGAUGUUGCAGUGGAUCGCGGAGGCGUGGGAUCAAGUCCCCCGCCAGGUCAUCGUUGACGCGUUCCGCCACUAUGGGAUUUCAAGCAAGCUGGACGGGACGGAGAACCACCGGGUGAUGUCUCACCUGCACGCCAGGAGCAUUCUCAAUGUCUCCGAGGUCAUGAGCCUCGGGGGAACCACGGGCGACAACACAUGCUUGCUUGGGCAGGCGCCAGAGGAGGAGGAGGAGAUGUAG